AUGAAUGUGGAGCGACCUCGGGAUGUGGUGGAGUGGUUCGAGUCAGUUCCUCACCUGCUCUCGCAGCAGGAGUGGGAGGUGUGCGAGCGCGUGGGGCAGUCAAGCCUGUCCCACUGCCGCUGCCCUUGGGGGGGUCACUUGCUGAGGCUUGCGCUGAGUGGGAUUCAGGUGCAGGACGCCGACACCAAAAGUCUGCUGCUUAGACCGGAGACCAGGGCAAAGCACGAACCCCAGUUGCCGCUUGGAGGGCGCAUGGAGCUGAUUGAGCAGCUGGCGCCAGGUGAUGCACUUGUGAGGCAGCCUGCCUCUUGGGGCCUCUUGCAGCUCUGCAGCUUGGUCUUUGGGAACGCUGGUGCCGUGGACAUCGGCAUGCCAGAGCUCGCUGCACCGAUCAUUAGCCGGCAGCGGCUUUACCGUGCCUGGCCAACGAAGGAAGACACCACGCUCAUGUUCUCUAGAGAUGAGGCUGAUCCUGCCGAUGCUCUACUGAUCUGCCGCCCACAAGGAGCCGAGCACGUCGGGCUUUUCGGCAUUUUCACGGUCUCCGCAGACAAGUUUGACCAGUGGAUGUCAACUCAUCAUGCCUUGUUGCUUGAGUGUGCCAUGUUGACAGCGACGCGGUUCUUGAACCGCCCGGGGAUUGCAGAGUUGCGCACCUUGAACGCCAACAUGUACACUGUCCUGAGCGUCCACAGCUGCAAGCGGGGCCCCCCGCUACUGCCUCUGAAGCCUGGAUCCACUCAGAGAGCUUGUGUCACCAUCAAGAAAGAUGCUGGAAGUCAGCUUGACGCUUGGGUCCGCAUGGGCACGGAGGACAGGUUUCGUUUGGCCAACUUUGUCAAUCAGUUCGCAGAGAAUCUGGGUUUGAACUUGAAGGCAUACAGUACCCUGGAUGGCCAGAGGUUAGUUCAUUACCAGUGUGCGGUGAGGCGGGAGGAGUGGGAACGUGUCGGUGAGCAGUUUCAGGAAGCAUUCCUUGUGCAGAAGCGAGCCUAUCGCCGUGCCAAUGGUGGAUCCAGUGCUCCCUGUCUUGCAGCCGAUGGCGAGCCACGCUUUGUUCCCGAUGAGAGGCGUGAAGAGCUGUGCAAUCAGAUCAGAUACCAGCAGAACAAGCCAGCGCAGCACAAGACGGUGGUGCGACGCACCUUCAUCGAGGUCACCAGCGACGACGACAGCACCGAGGAAGAGGUGGUGCUUGUUCGGGAGAGGUCCAGCCGACGGGCCAAAACUUCACCAUCUCGUAGACCUACAUCCUCCGACUCUGAUGAGUACCUGUAG